AUGGCCACCGAUACCUCUAGCUAUAAGCUUAACCACACGAUGAUGCGGGUCAAGGACCCUAAGCGAUCAUUAGAAUUCUAUCAGUUCCUGGGCCUCAGUUUGGUCAACAAGCUGGACUUCCCUGAGUGGAAAUUCUGCAACUAUUUUCUCGCAUACAACGGCCCUGCUUCGCUCCAGGGUGGUGACCGCCACUGGACUGAUCGCAAUGCUGUGCUCGAGCUCACCCACAAUUAUGGCACGGAGGACGACCCCAAUUACAGCGUUGUCAACGGCAACACCGAACCCUACCGCGGAUUCGGACACAUCGCCAUCUCGGUCGACAAUAUCGAGGCGGCCUGCAAGCGCAUCGAGGAUGCGGGCUAUCCCUUCCAAAAGAAACUGACCGAGGGUCGCAUGCGACACAUUGCCUUUGCCAAGGAUCCCGAUGGGUACUGGGUUGAAAUCAUUCGUCGUGCCGACGAGGAUCUGUCGACCACCACCGACCCGGGGUCCUAUCGCCUGAACCACACCAUGCUGCGCGUCAAGGACGCCGAGGCCAGUUUGAAAUUUUAUCAGGAAUCCAUGGGCAUGACCCUGGUGCGCACCAUUGAGAACCCGGAUAACAAGUUUAACCUGUACUUUCUGGGAUAUCCCGCUUCAAACCCCAAGAUCCAGGAAGGCGCGAAGAAUGGCGUGGCAGAAUGGGAAGGGCUGCUGGAGCUGACCUGGAAUUACGGCACGGAGAAGGAGGAGGGUCCAGUCUAUCACAACGGUAACACUGAGCCGCAAGGAUUCGGACAUAUCUGCAUUUCGGUGGAUAACCUCCAGGCGGCCUGCGACCGCUUCGACUCCCUCAAGGUCAACUUCAAGAAGCGCCUUACUGACGGCCGAAUGAACUACCUGGCUUUCGUCUUGGAUCCCGAUGGAUACUGGAUCGAGGUGGUGCAGAAUGAGGCCCUCAAGCGCAUUUCCAACGUUUAA